AGGACCCACAGUCCACUGAUGAGUUUCGGAGCCAGUUUUGUCAGCUUCCUGACAAUUGGAUUCUAUUGGAGUGAAGAACAGGAAGAGAUUGACUGAAUGAAUUGAAGGUCACACAAAUAAUAGCACACCCGGGAUAUCCUCAGCACUAAUAUGGCUGUGCAUCACACACUGCUGGCGGGUGAUUCACCAACCUGAUAUAAUUGGCUCACGGUGGGUUUGAAUACUGACAGGGAAUAAACUAUUUGUGCACGUCUUUGGAAAUGAUCACGGCAGAUGAAAUGUUAGUCUGGUAAAUCCAGGAUGAAUAGUUGAUUGGCCAGCUGUGCUUUUUCGUUGUUCUACAGUUGAGGGCAAAUAUAUUGGCAUUCUUGCACGUUUCACUAUUUCCUCUAAAAUAAGUUGAAAUGAAAAAUGUUUAGUGUUCAUACGUGUAAUUAUUUGAUUUACAACUGCAACAGGAGCCCAACGUAGAAAUGAAUUUGAUUUUGUUUACCGUGUAGUUUCUUACCUGUGGUAAUGUAAGGUACCUAAGGGGUGAAAACAUAAACUUGUAUAGUGCAAGGGUGCCAAUAUAUUUGACAGCGUGUCUGUUGCUGACAGGAUAAUUGUUUAGCCUACUUUAAAACAAUAGUGUUGGUACAUGUUAAGGCAUUACGCCAAGAUUACCAUACUGUCUAGGUUGAGAGCAAUGCCCUGACUGGCAGUGUAUGAAUCUGCCUGUGUGUGUGUGUGUAGAAUGCCAUGAUGACGUUUGAGGAGGAGAAGAUGCAGACAGCCUUUGAUGACCUCCGAGCCACGGAGAGACUUUGUGAGCGAGACAAUGCCGGGGUCAUCGAGACGAUCAAAAACAAGAUCAGGAGGAGUGACCCCCAGAGAUCAGGGGUGGCUAUAGUAGACCGCCUCCAGAGACAGAUCCUUGUGGCAGACUGCCAGGUGUACCUCGCUGUCCUCUCCUUCAUCAAACAGGAACUGUCAGCAUACAUCAGAGGAGGCUGGAUCCUCCGCAAAGCCUGGAAGAUGUACAACAAGUGUUACAGCGACAUCAGCCAGCUGCAGGAUUGCAGCAAGAGGAGGUCCUCCGACCAGCAGGCGUCUCCCUCUCCAUCCCCUGACCAGGCCAACCACGGCGCGGCCAAGCUCCCAACCCAGAGGACCAAUGGGGUGAGCCCGGAGGCCCUAGCCCGGCUUAAGGGCUCGGUCAGUUUUGGCUACGGCCUGUUCCACCUGUGCAUCUCCAUGAUACCGCCGCACCUGCUGAAGAUCGUCAACCUUCUGGGUUUCCCCGGCGACCGUCACCAGGGGCUGUCCGCCCUUGCGUAUGCCAGUGAAAGUAAGGACAUGAAGGCCCCCUUAGCUACGUUGGCCCUCUUGUGGUACCAUACGGUAGUGCAACCCUUCUUUACCCUGGACGGCUCAGACACACAGGCCGGUCUGAUGGAGGCGAAGGCUAUCCUCCAGAGAAAGGAGCCCGUAUACCCUAACUCCUCCCUCUUCAUAUUCUUCAAGGGCAGGGUGCAGCGUCUGGAGUGCCAGAUCAACAGUGCAGUGACGUCCUUCCAAAAUGCCUUAGAGCUGGCUACAGACCAGAGGGAGAUCCAACAUAUUUGUUUGUAUGAAAUAGGCUGGUGCAGUAUGAUGGAGCUGAAGUGCGGGGACGCCUACAAGGCCUUUCAGCGUCUGGCGACCGAGUCACGCUGGUCCCAGUGUUACUACACCUACCUAACUGGAGUGUGCCAGGGAGCGUCAGGAGAUCUGGAGGGAGCGGCCGCUGUCUUCAAGGACGUACACAAGCUUUUGAAACGGAACAACAAUCAGAUAGAACAGUUCUCUAUGCAGAGGGCGCAGAGGCUCAGCAAACACGCCCCAUCCAGAGAGCUGUGUAUCCUGGCUGUGAUCGAGGUGCUCUACCUGUGGAAGGCCCUGCCUAACUGCUCCACCGCUAAGCUGCAGACCAUGAGCCAAGUUCUGCAGGAACUAGAUGACAUCUCAUUUGCUGGCCUGAAAAACCUGCUCCUUGGUGACAUACAUCGAUGUCUCGGCAACAUGAACGACUCCAUUCAGUGCUUCCAUCUGGCUGCCAGAGAUGAGAUGGGUCAUCAAAACAACUCCUAUGUGCAGCCCUACUCCAUCUAUGAGUUAGGCUGCGUCUUACUGGACAGCCCUGAGUCUGAAGCGAAGGGCAGAGCUCUGAUGCUCCAGGCCAAGGAGAACUAUGCUGGCUAUGACUUUGAGAACAGGCUCCAUGUGCGCAUUCAUUCAGCACUGGCUUCCAUGAGAGAGGAGGUGACCCCACCCUGACCGCACCCUUUCUCGACCAUACAUCCACCCUAGCUUGUGUUGGGGGUAGGAGGAGCAGGAAACGGCUCCCUUUAGAGAAGCCAUCUUGAUCUCCACAGCACUGUGAUGGUUCACUGCAUUGUGUUUUUCAGUAGACUUGUGUUUUUAUAAUGAAUGUGCCAUCAAGUUUGCAAUGUAUAGUUUACAGUAAGAGUUUCCUGGAGCGAUAAUGCAGGAAUAGUUAAGACUACUGGAGUGUAUUAGUGUGUUUUCAACCAGAUCAAAUAUGUACAGUGGUUGCAGCUGGGAGUUAAAUGCAACUUUUUACAGGGGAAAGUGUCUUUAUGGGGGAAAAUCUAUUUCAAUUGUACAAUCACAUCUUUAUUCUUUCCCAUGUGUUGGGAAAAGGUUCAGAUGCAGAACUGGGUAAGCCAUUGGGUAAGCCAUUGGGUAAGCCAUUGGGUAAGCCAUUGGGUAAGGCCAUUGGGUAGGCCAUUGGGUAGGCCAUUGGGUAGGCCAUUGGGUAGGCCAUUGGGUAGGCCAUUGGGUAGGCCAUUGGGUAAGUCAUUGGGUAAGUCAUUGGGUAAGCCACUGGGUAAGCCACACUCUAUUAUAAAUUAAGCCGUGCCUAGGUUGCUGCCAGAUUAUGACCUGAAUGUCCAAAGUCCUGUUGCUGUUACAGUAGUAGACCAUCUGAAUGCACAAAUCCUAUGCUACUACUCAUCGCGUGGCCUUGUGGCACUGUAAAUUGGGGAGAUUUUCUACACAUUUCGCCAUGGGUUGCAGAGAACAUUCUGCAGUUUUAAAGGCCCAGUGCAGUCAACAUUUUUAUUUUCCUGUGUUUUAUAUAUAUUUCUACACUGGGAGGUUGGAAUAAGGUUGACUGUAACGUCUCUUCACAAUCCUCAAGUCAAGAACAGACUAUGGGAGGCGCACAGUACUACAUGGAGCCAUGGCUACAUGGAACUCUAUUCCACAUCAGGUAACUGAUGCAAGCAGUAGAAUCCAAUAAAAAUACACUGUAUGGAACAGCGGGGACUGUGAAGAGACACACACACACACAUACACAUGAUAAGGCAUGCACUCUACACACCUACAAAUGGAUGUUGUAUUAGAUGUGAUAGUAGAGUAGUAGCCUGAGGGAACACACUUAAUGUGUUAAAUGUAAUAUUUUAAAUUGUAUAUAAAAUGAAUGUUGAAUGUUUUUGGACCCCAGCAAGGCAACAGCUAAUGGGGAUCCUUAAUACAUAUAAUACUGUGAACAUGAAGCUGAUGAUGAUAAUACCCUUUUAGUGUAAGAGCUGUUUGAGUUGUUGGCCUUCCAUGGUUACCUCACCAUGCGGUAAAUGAGUAAAUAAACCAAUAAGAAAGGGUUCCAAAUCUGCCAAUAACAGCUCAUGGUCAGAUUUCCCCUCUCCACUCAGACCCCUCCCAGACAGUACUAAUGAAAUUCUUUCUUGACAAAUUGCUCUUUAAGAAGCCAUUUUUGUUUCUUUUUGGCCAUUUUUAAUUUAAAACAAUCACAGUAAGGUACUUAUUUGUUACCCAGAAAUGAUUUGAUAUUGAGAUUAAAAAUGGCUGCAAUGGAUAUUUUUAAAGCAAGUUUUCUGAAAUUCUACACAUUUUGCCAUGGGGCGGUGAGAACCUUGCAAUUGUAGAAAAAAAUCAGUUUUAAAGCUAAUUUCCUGCAAAUCUUCUGAUUUUUGCCGUGGGGUGGAGUGACAUUUUUGCAGUUUUAAAGCUAAUUUCCUGGAAUUCUACACAUUUUGUAAUCUUAUGUCAUGUUAAUAUAAUAUCUGAGUGAGAAUGACUAACAAAAUCAUUGUGUGCCCCCUGGAGGUCAGGUUCCCUGGGCAUGUGCCUGGUCGCUAUUCGGACAGGUUUAGAUAGCUGGCUAGACUAACAAGCAAUAAUUGAGUGACUGGAAGUGACCUACAUAACGAGAACAAUUGCUGAUGCACAAUGACAUUUCCAAAUUGAACGUGGUGUAUUCUAUUAUUCUUACUCUCAAUAGUAAGUUGAGACCCCGAUUUGAGUUCUUGAAAAAAUAUAUACAGUGCCUUCAUAAAGUAUCGACACCCCUUGAACAUAUUUUGUUGUUAUAUAGCCUGAAUUCAAAAUGAAUCAAAUUAAAUUAAAAAUCUCAGCUAUCUUUUUUCUAAUUUAUUGAAAAUGAAAUAUAGAAAUAUAGCAUUUCCACAAGUAUUUCCACCCCUGAGUCAAUGCAUGUUAGAAUCCCCUUUGGCAGUGAUUACAGCUGUGAUUCUUUCUGGGUAAAUCUCCAAGAGCUUUGGACACCUGGAUUGUACAAUAUUUGCACAUUAUUCUUUAAAACAUGUUCAAGCUCUAUCAAGUUGGUUGUUGAUCAUUGCUAGACAGGCAUUUUCAAGUCUUCCCAUAGAUUGUCGAGUGGAUUUAAGUCAAAACUGCAACUAGGCCACUCAGAAACAUUCAAUGUCGUCUUGGUUAGCAACUCCAGUGUAUAUCUGGCCUUGUUUUAGGUAAUUGUCCUGAUGAAAGGUGAAUUUGUCUCCCAGUGUCUGUUGGAUAGCAGACUGAACCAGGUUUUCUUCCAGGAUUUAGCCUGUGCUUAGCUCUAUUCAGUUUAUUUUUAUCCUAAAAAAAACUCCAUAGUUCUUGAUGAGGAUAAGCAUAACAAAAUGUAGCCACAACCAUGCCUGAAAAUAUGAAGAGUGGUACUAAGUGAUGUGUGGUGUUGGAUUUGCCCCAAACAUAACACUUUGUAUUCAGGACAUGCAUGUUUGGGAAUAUUUUUUUAAAAUUCUGUACAGGCUUCCUUAUUUUCACUCUGUCAUUUGGGUUAGUAUUGGGGAGUAAGUACAAUUGAUUUAUUUUAACCUUUAUUUAACCAGGCAAGUCAGUUAAGAACAAAUUCUUAUUUUCAAUGACGGCCUGGGAACAGCUGGUUAACUGCCUGUUCGGGGGCAGAACGACAGAUUUGUACCUUGUCAGCUCGGGGGUUUGAACUUGCAACCUUCCGGUUACUAGUCCAACGCUCUAACCACUAGGCUACCCUGCCGCCCCAAAAUGUUGUUGAUCCAUCCUCAGUUUUCUCUUAUCACAGCCAUUAAACUCUGUAACAGGUUUAAUAUCACCAUUGGCCUCAUGGUGAAAUCCCGGAGCGGUUUUAUUCCUCUCCGGCAACUGAGUUAGGAAGGACAGCUGCAUCGAUGUAGUUACUGGGUAUAUUGAUGCACUAUCCAAAGUGUAAUUAAUAACUUCACAAUGCUCAAAGGGAUAUUCAAUUACUUAUUUAUUUAUUUUAUUUUUUUACCCAUGUACCAAUAGGUCCACUUCUUAGCGAGACAUUGGAGACCCUCCCUGGACUUUGGUUGAAUCUGUGUUUGAAAUGCACUGCUCAGCUGAGGGACCUUACAGAUAAUUGUAUGUGUGGUGUACAGGAAUUAGGUAGUCAUUAAAGAAUCAUGUUAAACACUAUUAUUGCACACAGAGUCCAUACAACUUAUUAUGUGACUUGUUAACCAAUUUUUUAAUCCUGAUCUUAUUCUGGCUUUCCAUAAGAUUGAAUACUUAUUGACUCGAGGCAGUUCAGGUUUUCAUUUCUAAAAACAUCAUUCCACUUUGACAUUAUGGGGUAUUGUGUGUAGGUCAGUGACACAAAAUCUAAGUUUAAUCCAUUUUAAAUUCGGGUUGUAACUUGAUAAAAUGUGGAAAAUAGGUGUGAACUUUCUGAAGGCACUAUUUAUAUUUUGGGGGUCUGGGGCCCCCUGGCUGACAGGUGCCCCAAGCGACUGCUUAUGUCUCUUAUGCCUGGAACCGGUCCUGUUGAUGGUCAUUGGCUGAUUUUCUCAAACUAAAAUAUGUUACAACAUUGUUACUAGUUUUUAAACAGUGUAUUGAUAUUUAAAGGAAACAUACAAAUAGGUUUGUAUCAGUGUACUUUAAUUCAAUAUUACUAGAUAAAUGUCAUUUUCCUUUUGGCACUUACUUGUGGGUAAAACAUGCACACUGUAGGUCUACUCUGCUGUAUUUUUAUAAACUGAAAACUGGU